UGUGAAGAGCCACAUGAUCCUGCCUCACACGAGAUCGAGUGAUCUGGAGGUUCAUUUGGCCAUGGAUGGACGUCCCAUCCCUUUCAACUUAAAAGACCCUAUUGCAGAAGCUGAAUCUGAUGCUCAGAAAGUGAGCUCUCUCCAACUGCCAAGAUGGUAAUAAAUGUCUGUCUCCCACAAUUCAAGCCAAGAAUUCACUGCAACAAGAUCUCUGCUGAUGGUUAUGAAGUGGAGAAUCUGAUCUCCGAAGACCUGGCCAGGAGAAAUCGUGGUUUCCGCAGCGAAUACUUCAUCAAACCUCCAGUCCACGUCACGAUCUCUUUUCCCUUCAACAUCGAGAUCUGCAGGAUUAAUAUCGACAUCUCAUCCGGGGGAUACCAAACCUUCUCUGGGCUCGAAGUUUACACCUCUACCUCAUGCAAUAAAACCUCUUGGCAGAGCCCUGAGGGUCAGUUCUCAGGUCUGGCUGGUCAGCCUGUGUCAGACAAAGACACUUUCACACUGGUGGGCAAAGCUGUCUUAAAAAAUCAAAGCAAAGUGACGUUCGGCCACAGAGGCUUCAAGCCGAGGCCUCCCUUUCAACAGAUGGAAAAUGUCUUCUCCUACCCUGGCUCUGCAUCUCAAGACCUCUGGAACAAAGGGCCUGCCUCGCUGAGCAACGUGUCGCACUUAAAAAUCUGCAUCACCCACGUGGCCGGGGGCGGCCUGCCUUGCAUUAAGAGGCUGGAGGUGUGGGGACAGCCUGCCAAAUCCUGCCCGCAGGAGGUGAUCGAGGGUGUCUUUCAGGUGGCCUCCCAGUUCUUCGCCCAGGAUGCCGGCAGCCUCAAGCCGGAGCUUUGGACGCCGAUGGAGAGCGACUGCGUGCCCUUCAGCGCCAACGACAGCGAGCAGCAGACCCUCCGCAAGCUGGUGGAUGUCGUCCAAGACAUCCCCGAAGAAUUCCUGGAUCCCAUCACUCUGGAGAUCAUGACCUUCCCCAUGCUCCUGCCCUCCGGGAAGGUGAUCGACCAAACCACCUUGGAAAAAUGCAACCGGAGUGAGGCGUCUUGGGGCAGGGUUCCCAGCGAUCCUUUCACUGGGGUGGCCUUCAGCCAGCACUCGCAGCCCCUACCUCACCCUACCCUCAAGGCCAGGAUAGACCACUUCCUCCUGCAGCACAGCAUCCCUGGCACCAACCUGCUCGGGAGGGCUCACGCCUCCGAAACGCUCGUACCUUCUUCCAUAACAAUGUCUUCUCUGAAAAGGAAAAUGGACUGUAUGGAUCAGAGCUCCGUGCAGCCACCUUAUUUUUCUUCUACUCACUUACUUGUCACGUCUACCUCAGAGAAUAGUGCUAAAAAAAUGAAAACUGACAAUGACUCGCACUUGAUCCAGAUGGACUGUUCGACAGACCUGGUCUCUCACGAACAAAAACUGUCGGCGAGUUUGGACACUGCCUUGAACUCGGCGCUCAGCUCAAUGCCCUCGUUUACGGCCAAGCUGAUGAAAAGCCAGCAGCAGGCGCAGAGCGAGGGAGGCUGCAGCAGUUCCUGGGGCGUGGGCACCCUCCUCGAGCACGGCAGGAGCAGCCAGACCCAAGGAUGCGCUUCGUGCGGCAAAACCUUCUCGUCUUAUUUCAAAACGGAGCCCGUUUACCAGCUCCCCUGCGGCCACCUGGCGUGCCGCCCCUGCUUGGCCGAGAAGCAGAAGCCCCUGGUGCCGUGCGGGAGUUGUAAAAGGCCGGCGGCCACGCAGGACGUCAGGCGGGUGCACUUCUGAGGCCGCGGCUGCCGGGAGGGCCGAGAAGAAGGAGCUGCUGCCGUUCCCCGCGUCUGCCUUGGGCCGCAGGAGGACGAGAGCUUUGCCGGCGGAGAGGGCUUGGUCUUCUCGUGCUUACAGAGUAGUUGGGGGGGGGGUGGGGGGGGGUGGGGGGUGGGGGGUUUAGAGCAUCGCGCCAGAGCAAAGCGAUCCGAGGAUAAUAAAAGCCAUAGCUUCUUUAACAAGGAAUAUGUAUUUAUACAGAACUGAUUCCCACCUGUCGCACCCGCCCUCUUACCGCCCUCCCAGUGGCUCAGUGGUUUUAGCAUAGGUGCCUUUCGGACUGCGAGUUUAGCUUCCCCGUGGGUUAAAACCGUUUACGUGUUUGACGAGCAGCCGUUCGGGUCGCGGACCAGGCGAAGUCCUUGUGACGGACAACACGCGAGCUACCCGACUUCUCCCCUGCCCCGCCUCGCCCCCCUCCUCCCCGCGGGAGCACGUCGUCCAUCCCGGAGUCCAGGCAGCCACGAGGAGAGGCCGUGGUUAAUGCGUGGGUAACCGGCAGGGAUCUCGCCCCGCUCGCACGAACCCCUGCAGAAAAGCCAUCGCGUUACACCAAACGUCGCUCUCGGUUGAUGUCGUGUGACUGGACCAGGCCCCCGUCUGGCUGAUAGACAUUUAAGCCUUAAUAAAAUUAUGUUCAAAGUCA